CCCCAGCAGUCACCCGGCAAAAGGACCGUCGGGGCGGAACCGCAACGCGAUUUGCGGCUCCCAACCUCGCGAGAUUUGUUAGCCGGGCCAAGUCACCCGUCCAGCCUCAUCUCGCGAGGCCCCGGCCCUGCCGGCAGAUCUGGGAUUCCAGGGAAGAUGGAGUACCCCGCGUUGGGCACCGUGCAGGCCACGGACAGCGGAGGGGUCCAGCCAUACCACAGCUCGGGGGAGCCGGAGGGUCGGGAGCCGGACGGGCUGCGCUUCGACCGCGAGAGGGCGUGCCGCCUGUGGGAAGCGGUGUCCGGGGCCCAGCCCCUGGGGAGGGAGGAAGUGGAGCAUAUGAUCCAGAAGAACCAGUGUCUCUUCACCAACACCCAGUGUAAGGUUUGCUGCGCCUUGCUCAUUUCAGACUCUCAGAAGCUGGCACACUACCAGAGCAAAAAACAUGCCAACAAAGUGAAGAGGUACCUAGCAAUUCAUGGAAUGGAGACAUUAAAGGGGGAAAUGAAGAGGCUAGACUCAGAUCAGAAGAGCAGCAGAAGCAAAGACAAGAACCAGUGCUGCCCCAUCUGUAACAUGACCUUUUUCUCCCCUGUCGUGGCCCAGUCGCACUACCUGGGGAAGACCCACGCAAAGAACUUAAAGCUGAAGCAGCAAUCCACUAAGGUGGAAGCUCUGUCGAAACGCCUUACAAACCCUUUCCUUGUGGCCUCCACCUUAGCCUUACACCAGAAUAGAGAGAUGAUAGACCCAGACAAGUUCUGCAGCCUCUGCCACGCAACUUUCAACGACCCUGCCAUGGCUCAACAACAUUAUGAGGGCAAGAAACACAGGAAACAGGAGACCAAGCUCAAACUCAUGGCACACUAUGGACGGCUGGCAGACCCUGCUGUCACCGACUCAGCUGGGAAGGGCUAUCCGUGCAAGACAUGUAAGAUAGUGCUGAACUCCAUAGAACAGUACCAAGCUCAUGUCAGCGGCUUCAAACACAAGAACCAAUCACCGAAAACAAUGGUAUCACCUCUGGGCCAGAUUCCAAUGUAAAGACAACCCAUUCGGAAAGACUCAACUGCUUUGGAAGACUAGAGGUGUUUCUGUCCAGCACCCCGGGUUGAACCAGCCAUGAGCCAGCCUCCUCCUGACCAUGACCAUGGUCAGCCCUUGGCUCCCUCUUCCUCCUUUCUUACACAGGCCUGAGGAAUAGGCCACAGGCAGCCUCUGAUUGAUCCAGGCAAAUCCACCCAUGUUCCUCCCCUUUGGAAUGGGCUCUGAAAGUCAGGACAAAGAGGGAUUUUUUAGAGGACGUGGGUUCUCACAGGGUAGUAGUUUAGAGGAUGGCCUUUCCCCUUCCCUGGCCCUUCUAGGCCAUAUGUCAUGAGGCUUCAGUCCUGUGUUUCCUCUGCAAGUCAGUUUUGGACCACUCCUUGCAGCUAAACAACUGAGUUCUCCUGGGCUCUAGGCAUCUCCAAUGAAAUAUGGCACUUUCAUGCAGAGCUUGGCCUAGGCAGGAAAGGACAGAUGAAAAUAGCUGCCACAUGGAAGCUUAGAGAUAAUGUGACACUCACCUCCCCCAAAGAUGUGCAGACUUUCCUAAGCCUGGGACCAGAUGCUGGCCAGUUGUACAGGUUUCUGUCCACUGUGAAGUCUCCUCCUGGAGCAAUGCCGCAGUCCUGGCAGAGUGUUGCUGUCCCUCCUGACCCUCCACAGUUCCUGAAUGGUGCUAAGGACCUGCAGCAGCCGGAGACAAGCUAGAGCUGGAGAAGGCCUCAGUACCUAGUGGGAUCAUGGAAAGGCUCCAGGGGGCCUUUCCUCUGUGUCAGAGGUGUUCUGACCCAGUUCAUAUGGGAAAGUCCCCAUAUGCAAGUUUUCUUGAUGAUUCUCCAGCCAGCCAGCUCAGAGAUUCAUUGCUGCUCAUCGGCCUCCACUAGCCUUUCCUUCCCCACGUGCAGCAGACCACCUGCCCAGGUUGCUGUGGUGCUAACCCUCCCCCAUCACCCACCAGGAGAUUCCUGGGUACCAGGUAAAGGAAGGAGGGCUGGUACAAGUUUCCACUGAGCAAUCAGAUGUUCCCCAGACCCCAAACCUAGAUUUCUCCAGCUCUGCCAUGUCUUAUGGCCUGGGACUUCACUGGGAGUAUAUUUUUUCUUGUGUCUUUCAAGCAGGAAUUCUAGGGAGUGGAACCAUCAGUGGCCCUCCUUCACUGGGCAAAGAAGCCCCUAUUCUGCUCUCAAUGCCUCUUCCUCCCACUCCCUAUCCCUUGCCUGUGAAAUGCCUUUAGUGUUGUGUAUGGGUAUGUGUUUAUGCUCUGUCUCUUGGUUACUGAAGCAUCUAAAUAAAGAAUUUAUCCCAUGAGCCAGACUGCAACUUAACAGAACUGGGACUUGGGGCCAUAUUGCCAUUGGGUCUAAUAUGUGUAUCUUCAUCCCUUACCCUUAUCCCAUUCAUACUCCCACAGUCCUAAAUACUGAUCUUAGGAGUUAGGACAGAGAGAGGCAUCCAAAUUGUUUGGGAACUCUGAGGAAGUCUUCACACAUGCCCUAAAUUCAAUAUAACCUCAUCUACUCAUUCACCUUUCCCUGUAACGGAGAGUCUCAUGGAGGUCUCGAGAAAGUUUAAACUAGUAGCCUGCUUUGGUUGAGAGGAUCAUUUUAGCUGCUAUGCACAGAAGGAAUGUAGGAGAGCAGGAAAGGACACAGACAGAGGUCAAAUGGAGCCUUUUUGUGGUUCUUUCCAGGCUAACCCCUUCAGGGCAGAGAACUACCCUUGUUCAUCCCCACUUCCCUAAUGUACAGAGUGAUGUGUCAUGAAGUGUUUCCUGGAUGGUUGGAUGGAUGAAUGACUAUGCAUAAGGAGAAAUGGUCCUGGUAAUUCUUGGAAGAACCUUUUCCAUGACCCAGAAAUGAGCUGAGGAAGGAGUAUGAUGGCUUCAGGAUUCCUUUGUUUCUGACUAUCAGAUCUGAGGAAGAUGCUCACACAGCUGUAGCUCUAAUUCUUCACUCAGCAAAUGGUUCUUGAGCACCUGCUUUAGGCCAGCUGGAAAAGACCCUACACAGCCCCAAGUGUGGAUUCUCAGCUCUCAGCUUCCAAAGCCCAUACUGCCUCAGCGUUUUCCCCAGAACCCCUCUCCCCAACCCAAGAUGUCAGAAUUGGGCCCAUCUAACAAGCAAGGAAGUGAAGGGCAGAGGAAUAGUGGGCUGCCACACCAUGCCAUAUUCUUGGCCUGCAGGACCACUCUGGAUUCAGGAGUCCUGCCAGCUGUGUGCCCAGCCCGUUGGCAUGGGAAUACAGGAAUGAACACUUUUCUUUGGAGAGCUCACCACUGUUAAAGACCAUUAUGGCAAUGGUCAGAGGGUCAUACAGGGUGUUGUGGGAAUGCCCAGGAUGUAGGCAUUAACUCAGCCAAGGAUAUGAAAAGCUGGAGAAGUUGGGAAACUAGCAUUUGAUCUGCAUAACAACCUUUUGAACCAGAUGAUGAUAUUCCAUUUUCUAGAAAAGGAACAAGGCUUAGAGAGGUGUGGUGAUUUGCCCAAGGCCUUGCCACUAAAACAGCAAAAUGGGGAGUGGAUCCAGUUGUCCAGAUUUCUAUUCCAGAAUCCUUUCAAACAAGGACCAGAGUCCUUCCCACAUGACCCCUUAGCCGGCUUCACCCAUCUGGCUGGGUGAUUGUCUCAGAGCGAGCAGCCACAAAACAAGUCAUACAAUGUUCAUUAGUUAUUUUAUGAAUAUAAAAUAAGCUCCCUUAUGCGUCUCAUAAUUUUACUCAAGAUUCUCAGUGUAUUGGGCUCUAAUGAACUGUAAGAAACUUGAAAUGGCUAGCUAAAAGGAAAUUUACUGAUUCACUCAAUGAAAAAACUUGGUAUAGAGAUGGCUAGACCCAGGUUCUGACAGUGUCAUUAGUAAGAAUUCAAUCUCGCCAUGCUUUCCUCUGUGUGGCCUCCCUUGGGCAGACUCUGCAGAAGGUGGAAAGAUGGCCACUGGCAGCUCAAAGCUUAUAUCCUGAUAGAUUAGCAACUGAAAUGGGAAGAACAUCUUUUUCUAUUAGUUCCAA